AUGGUGUCACUUCAAUCUCGAGAUGUGGAAGAUUCAGCGGCACUUACUUUGAUGGGCACUGAUGUUGAGAGAAUUGUAGAGUCACUGAGAUUCUUUCAUGAAACGUGGGCAGCAAUUCCGGAGGUCGCAACCGGUGUUUGGCUUCUGAGCCGCCAGGUUCUCUACGCCUCAAUCGCACCGAUUGUGAUUUGCGUGGUAUGUACUGACCUCACGUCAGCCAUCAUUAUCGGAAAUGUUCCUAGACUGUUGGCGCCUUUCCUUACACUGGCCAUCUAUGCUCUUAUUGCCCUUACCAGCGGCGACCAAUCGCUUCUAGUCACCCAGGCCUUCACAUCCCUUGCUCUCAUCAACCUGGUGACAGAGCCGCUGCUCAUGUUCUGCCAGGCUUUGCUAUCUCUCACACAGGCCGUAUCCUGCUACUCACGCAUUAAAAAAAUGAUCAACUCGCCUUCCUGGCACUUGGAAUCCCGCAGCCCUCUUGAGGAAGAUACAUCUGCUAUGUCCUUGGGUUUUCGUGCUCGACACUCCAGCUCUCCACAACUGGUCACAUUCCGAUCUGCAAACAUCUCUUGGUUCCCAAAGAAUCAUCAAGGAAGAGUAGUUCUGCGCAACCUCAAUUUCAGCAUUCCUACUGGCUUCACAGCCAUUGUUGGGCCACCGUGGUUGACAAAUGAUACCAUCAAAAGCAACAUCAUUGGCGAGCUGGAAUUCGAUCAAACGUGGUUCAGCUACGUUAUUCGAUGUUGCACGCGUCGUGAAGAACUGGAAAACUUACCUGGCGGAAUCAUGACCGUUGUAGGCGAGAACGGGUCGUCUCUCAGCGGAGGCCAACGCCAGCGAGUGGCGCUCGCUCGGGCCGUUUAUUCAAAACUACCGACUGUUAUCUUGGAUGAUUUCAUUAGUGGCUUAGACCCAAAAGCAGCCAAGACGGUACAGACCAGCCUAUGCCACGCCAAUGGGCACUUUCGCAAAGCGGGCAUCUCGGUGGUCCUCGCCGCCAACGGUUCGAAUCUAUUUCCUUACAUGGACAAUGUAGUUCUUCUUCACAAAGGAUCCAUUUCGGAUACUGGAUCUUACAAACGUAUCAAGGCACGGAACCCUGAUAUGUUCAAAUUAGACGACCAUAAACCCGAUUUUAAUUAUGACCGGGUGAAGGAAGAGGGCUCAGCUGGCCCUAGAGUAGAAUCACAGGGCUCCAACUCUACCGCACCAGAGCAACGGGGCCAGAUCAGCAGCUCUAAUGGAGCUGGAUUCAGCAGACAAAAAGGGAGCUGGAGCGUUUACUCGUACUAUGGGGAAAAAGUAGGCAAGCUCUUUUUAUUCUCAUGGGCAAUCUCUACUCUUAUUGGGGCCAUCUCCGACUCCUCUUCCAGUAAUCCCAUACCUGCACCGUUUUACUUCUUCCUCGAGUCAGACCUUGAAUCCAUAACAAAUAGAUUUAGCCAAGAUAUGAACCUGAUCGAUAUGACCUUACCCUCCCAAGCUCUUCAAUUCACUUCCGACACCAUCAGCGGCAUUGCAACUAUUCGAACGUUUAGUUGGCAGAUGCCCUUCAGUGGUCGCCUGGCAGGCAUAUUGAACCGCUCCCAACGGCCGUUUUAUAUGCUUUUCUGUGCGCAACAAUGGCUAACGCUGGUAGUAGAUCUCGUAGCAGUGGCUUUAGCGGUUACCUUUGUCGCGAUUGCCCUGUCUCUGACCGCCAACGGUCUCGGACCUGGUGCUCUGGGAGUUGCAUUAGUCAUGACACUUCAAUUCAACGGCCUGCCAAUCCAAACAAUCCAGUCUUGGACAAAGCCAGAGACUUCCAUUGGAGUGGUGGCAAGAGUACAGCAGUUUGUGAAGGAGGCUCCAUCGGACUUGGGUAGGUUUCCAGCGCCUUCGAAUUCAUGGCCUCAAAACGGCAGGGUGCAAGUACAGCGCCUUACGGCGGCACACACGCCAAGAUCCGAAGACGUAUUGAAAGAUGUCAAUCUCGAUAUUGCUGCCGGCGAAAAAAUAGCAGUGUGUGGAUCGUCUGGCAUUGGGACAAGCUGGCGACAGGCUCGAAAGGAAGCCUUCAUCAAGGAUUCAAGUCAUCCCAAUGGUCUUAUGGAGAGCAGCAGCUCUUUUGUCUGA